GUUUCCGGGGCGCGCCGCGGAACUCGGAAGUCGUCACGGAACUCGGCUGCGGCUCCAUGGUCUGAGUUGUCAGCCGUUGUUUUUUCGUGCUCGUUAGUCGCCGCUGCCGCGCCGCCAUGGGGAAGCGACAGCACCAGAAGGACAAAAUGUACAUUACCUGUGCUGAAUACACUCACUUUUAUGGUGGCAAGAAGCCAGAUCUCCCACAAACAAAUUUUCGUCGUUUACCUUUUGACCACUGCAGUCUCUCUCUGCAGCCCUUUGUCUACCCAGUCUGCACUCCUGAUGGCGUCGUCUUUGACUUGCUGAACAUUGUUCCAUGGCUUAAGAAGUACGGGACCAACCCCAGCAAUGGAGAGAAGCUGGACGGGAGGUCCCUGAUCAAGCUGAACUUUGCCAAGAACAGUGAGGGGAAGUACCACUGCCCAGUGCUGUUUACCGUGUUCACCAACAACACCCACAUCGUGGCUGUGAGGACGACCGGCAACGUCUACGCCUAUGAGGCAGUGGAACAGCUAAAUAUCAAGGCCAAGAACUUCCGGGACCUGCUGACUGACGAGCCCUUCUCCCGGCAGGACAUCAUCACCCUCCAGGACCCCACCAAUUUGGACAAGUUCAAUGUCUCUAACUUCUAUCAUGUGAAGAAUAACAUGAAAAUAAUAGACCCAGAUGAAGAGAAGGCCAAACAGGACCCGUCUUAUUAUCUGAAAAAUACAAAUGCCGAGACCCGAGAGACCCUGCAGGAGCUCUACAAGGAGUUCAAAGGGGAUGAGAUUCUGGCAGCCACCAUGAAGGUCCCGGAGAAGAAGAAAGUGGACAAGCUGAACGCUGCCCACUAUUCCACAGGGAAGGUCAGUGCUUCCUUCACCUCCACCGCGAUGGUCCCGGAGACCACACAUGAAGCAGCUGCCAUCGACGAGGAUGUGCUGCGCUACCAGUUUGUGAAGAAGAAGGGCUACGUGCGGCUGCACACCAACAAGGGCGACCUCAACCUGGAGCUGCACUGCGACCUGACACCAAAAACCUGCGAAAACUUCAUCAGGCUUUGCAAGAAGCAUUAUUACGAUGGCACCAUCUUCCACAGAUCCAUCCGGAACUUUGUGAUCCAAGGGGGCGACCCCACAGGCACAGGCACGGGUGGGGAGUCAUACUGGGGGAAGCCCUUCAAAGAUGAGUUCCGGCCCAACCUCUCGCACACGGGCCGUGGCAUCCUCAGCAUGGCCAACUCGGGGCCCAACAGCAACAAAUCUCAAUUCUUCAUCACGUUUCGCUCCUGUGCCUACCUGGACAAGAAGCACACCAUCUUUGGACGGGUUGUUGGGGGCUUUGACGUACUGACAGCCAUGGAGAAUGUGGAGAGUGACCCCAAAACUGACCGCCCUAAGGAGGAGAUCCGCAUCGAUGCCACUACGGUGUUCGUGGACCCCUAUGAGGAGGCUGAUGCCCAGAUCGCCCAGGAGCGGAAGACACAGCUUGAGGUGGCCCCGGAGACCAAAGUGAAGAGCAGCCAGCCCCAGGCAGGGAGCCAGGGCCCCCAGACCUUCCGCCAGGGCGUGGGCAAGUACAUCAACCCAGCAGCCACGAAGCGAGCGGCAGAGGAAGAGCCCUCAACCAGUGCCACUGUCCCCAUGUCCAAGAAGAAGCCUAGUCGGGGUUUUGGGGACUUCAGCUCCUGGUAGCAGCAGGCCCCAGUGCAGUGGUGUGAUCAUGGCUCACUGCAGCCUCGACCUCCUGGGCUCAAGCAAUCCUCCUGCCUCAGCCUUGCAAGUAGCUGGGACUACAGGUGUGCACCACCGCGUCCAGCUGUAUAUGUCUGGUUUUCUUACCCCUUCUUCUGUCAUCUUCUCAAGGACAGCCUAUUUAUACAACCAAUGUGGUCCCCUGACCAACGCCAUCACCUGGGACAAGUUUUCAGACCCCAGACCUACUGAGCCUGAGCCUCUGCAGGGUGGGCUUCUCGGUCUGUUUUGACAAAACUUCAGGGGCUUCUGAAGGCCGGUGCUGGACGGCAGCAUUGACUUUCCUGCCGUGCCCUGCCUGGGCUCUCGGGGCCCCACUCGCCUGCUCUGGCUGCGAACCACCUGGGCUUCAUCUCAAGCCUGCCUGGCUUCUCUCUGCCCCCGUCAGAAUCUUGAGGGGACUCACACCUGGUUGAGGCCAGUGUCUCCAGCUGUGAGAACAAGUGGACGUCCCUCUCCCCGUCCUCCUGCUGAGGGCGCCUGGCGGGAGGCACGGAGGGCGUCAAAAAGUCACUCUAGAGCCCAGGGGCCGGACCAGUGGACACAGAGAUGACAGGUUGCAGAGGGAUGGGCUGGAGACAGAGACACUUGCCUCUCGGGCUCCCUGUUGCCCUCAGGCCACCCCCACUUCUAGUUCUUCACACUAAGCCCUAACUUAGGCCUUGUUCUUGGUUUUCUCAUUUUUGUUGCCCCAAAUCUUGAACCUGUCAGCAACUUGCAGGCUGUACCUCUGCCCCUCCUUUUCUCAUCACUGACGCUGAAGCUGCAGGCCUGAGCCCUUUGUCUCCCUGAAUGCUGGGUGGCGGCUUAUCUGCAUCCCUGUCUCACCCCGUCCACUGCCACAGGCUGCCUGAUGACUGCUAGAGGCACGUCUGCCCCUUGUCACCCUGCUGCACACCAACCUCUGGCCUUUCAUCAUGCUAAGAACAAGAACUGCGCCAUGGCUGGCUCUGCCUCUUCUCCAGCCCAUUCCUCUGCAGCCUGUCAUCCCUGUCUGUGACCACUGGUCGGGCCCCUGGGCUCUAGAGUGACUUUUUGACGCCCUCCGUGCCUCCCGCCAGGCACUGUCCUCAGCAAUGCCUGGUGCAGCCCUGGCAGUAACUCGCUUGUAAGAGGCUCAUACACCAAGCUGGGCCUGCACAGGAGGGGCACAGUAGGACACAGUGACUGCCCAAGUGUCCACACCUGUAGGCCUCUGAGCCAGCGUCCAAGGUACAGGUGCGGGUGGUGGGGAUGAAGGCCUGACCAGGGAGGGAGAAGCAGGUUUGGAGAGGACCCUGUGCCCACCCUGACACCCUGGCUGGCCCUGACUGUAUUCUCUGGCCACAUUCAAAUCCCCCCAGUGGUAGGGGCAGAGAAGUCUGACCAGGCCAUCCUUGGCUCCAGAGCUCGAAGACUCCAAGACAGCCCUCUGCUCUCAGCGGUGUCACAGAGAGCCUGGGCUCAGCCUUCUGCAUCAGGACACGGCCUCGUCCACUGAGGGCACAAUUUAAACAUUUGACAUCAGAAGCUUUAUUUGUAAACCUCACACAGAUAAGGACCAAGGGCUGGCUGCGUGGCCAGAGGACAGGGGAAGCUGAAGGCCCCGUGCUUGAGCUCAGCAGUCCCGCUCCUUGCAGUGAAGCCACCGUGGGUGACCGUCCAGCCUCACCCGGUGGCCUGCACAGUGAGGGAAGGGCUUCAGGGCCAUCUGCCCUGGGGCAGGGGACAGGCCACCAAGGACCUUUGGCAAGUGAAGGUUUACAUUUCUGUAGUUUGUUUUAGAGCUUAAUUUGUAGUUUUUUAGCUAUUAAAACCACUUGACUUUUUAGCGACCUGAUGAGGGCAUCAGGUAAAUUAAAGGAUUUUGGGAAGA